AUGAAAUUCUUGCGUUUCAAAACCGUUAAAAAAGCGCUGAACAGCCUCAAGGUACGGACUAGAAGAAACACCCAGGAUGUGACAAACGACCGCCCCCGGGCGCGACCCGAGACCCCCGUCGAGCAACCUGAAGCGAAUGCCUCCGAGGUCUGCCCUCCUGCUUCAGACAUUACUCGCCUUCCGGAUGAGCUCCUCAUUUUGAUCUUCGAAUUCGUCCACGCAUGCUACUUCGGGGAACGAUACUACGGCAGUUUCUAUGAAUGGCUCGGUAUCCUGCGCGUGUGCACGCACUGGCGUGAUGUUAUGAUUUCCACUUCUCGUCUUUGGAGCGUUAUACCGGUAACAAAUGACCUGAAUCCAUUGGAAUACUGUCUCUCUCUGCACGGCAACACGCCGCUCGAGAUCCGCAUGUAUGACCCGUGGCUUCCUCGGCGUUCGUCCACUCUGCUUCGGCCACAUACCCCCUCGAUUCGGUCCCUCGCACUCCAUAUGAUGCACAUGAACAGGGAGAACUUCCCCUUCGACGACAUGCUGACCAUGAACAUACCCGACCUUGAAGAGCUGAAGAUCUUGCCAGAGUUUGUCUUCGAAGAUCGCAUCCCUCCCCGCUCGGUAAUCAGGCUGCAGAAGUAUCCUCGACUACGGCGCCUAGAACUACGUGGCGUCAUCUCUCCCCCGGACAUCACGAACCUCCGCACAAUCAAACUUGAAAAGUGCUCUUGGGCCUUUUCUUUUCAAAGCUUCAUUCGGGCCCUGGAUAGCUGCUCACAGCUGGUCGAGAUGCACCUCAAGCAGUCCCUCCACUCCCUAGCUCGCACCGCCCCGCAAGAAAUUCCUGCCAGCCUACGCCGGGCGACGCUCCCCAACCUACGCAAGCUCGACAUAACGGACAACACUGCCAGUAUCGUUUCCACGGUCAUAGCCCACCUAGACACUCCCGCCAUCGCGUCCCUGCGUCUCGUGUGUUACAAGCCGCGCAUUGCACAAGACGAGGAAGCGCAGGCCUCUGACUCCGACUCUGAGAACCUCUUCCGGACGCUGAUUCCGGCCGACCCUUCGCGGGUCCUUCCCAAAUUCCCACCCGAGGCCGGGCCCUUCAGCGCGAGCCUCGCAUUCAUGCAGGGAUUGUGCAUCGUCCGGGUGGAGUCCACGGUGCUCCCAUUCCCGCUGUCGGUGAACCUGCAGGUGCAAUACAGCCUCGACUGGACGCGGGUAUUUCCCGCGGCGCUCCAGGACAUCUCUGACCUCUUCGGAAACUCCAUAGUCACCGAACUGGUCGUCGAUGCGAGCUCGUCCCACAUCCUACCGUCCAUCUGGGAGGACCUCUUCACAAGCCUGCCCUUCCUCCAGCGGCUCGAGCUCACCAGUGACGGGAUUUGUACGACGAUGUGGCAGGGCCUCCAGCGUGCGAGCGCGUGGGCCGCGCAACCGUGCUGCCCGCAGCUCGCGCGCGUGCGCGUCCAGCAUACCCCGUGGCCCGAAGAGCACUACGUUGCGCCCCCGGACGAGCGCGCCCUGGAGAUCAUCGCGGAAGCGCUGCGCGAGCGCGCGGAGUACGGCGCGAAGCUCGACGAACUCGUGUGGGCGGUGUAUCUACACCACCGUGAUCCGGACUACGCAGACGCGUCGCGCGUGCAGUUCUUGGCGCCCCUCGUGCCAUUAGUCAAGCGCAUGACUUACAGGACCUGGGGCGAUGGGGACAAGACCGAGACUACGUUUUCCCCCAAGAAAAUCGUGCUGAGUCCGCUGUAG